CGGCGCGGCGCUCCACCCACAAGCCCCAACGGCCCAACCCCAGCCGUCGACCUUGUGCUCGCCACCACUUCUCCACUCCCAUCCUCUGCUCAGAAGCGCGGGCUCCCACCGGGGGCAACAGCGCCUCGCGGCGGCCGGCCCACCGGGAACCGCGGGCUCCAGCGUCCGCAUCCACCACGAUCCACCCCUGUCAGGGAUGGCGUCGUCGAGACCGUGCGCCGGGCCCGACAGGCACGUCGUGCCUACCCUCGCCGCCUCCGGCACCGGCGUCCUGCCCCUGGACGCCGUCUACGAGAUCCUGCUGCGCGUCCCGGCCAAGGCGCUCUGCCGCCUGCGGACUGUGAGCCAGCUGUGGCGGGUCCUCCUCUCCGACCCGUGGUUCGCCGCUGCGCACGCUGCCCGCCACCCGGAGCCGCUUUUCAUCGCUGCCUAUUUCGAUGAGUUAUUGCACGCCGAGAUUAUCGAUAUCAUGGAUCUAUCCGGGCAAAUUGUUAAGCGGGUGCGCGUGGAGAAGGAUGACAUGGUCUUGAGGGUGGCACAUGAUCUCGUCUGUGUCUUGAAAAUUGUCAGCGGGGAGUGCCAAUUGCUCAACCCAGUUACUGGAGCUGUGCAUCUGUUACCAAACGACCUGGCAGAAGAGCACACCGCUUCCAGGUUGAACCGGAGUGAUUACGAUGAUGACGGCAUGUAUCUAUUCGGGCAGGUUGCCAGCAUGAGGGAGUACAAGGUGCUUCGAAUACUAGAGCGUAUGUGCUAUGGUAAGCCUGCGGACCUGUGUGAGGUUUGCACCCUCGACAGUGGCACUGAUGCAAGGUGGAGGGCAAAGCAGGCCCCUCCAGACUCUUUUGUAUACAAUGAUCGGAACAGCGUGGUCAUUGAUGGGGUUGUGUACCUGACAAGUUGGAAUGCGUAUCUUUGUCGGAGAUUCGGUCAAAUUUUUGAGCAAGACUGGAUAAUUCCGUUCGACCUUGAGAAGGAGGAAUGGAUGCCGAAUAUCCAGGGACCCCAGGUCAGCUUUGCUGAUAAUGGUGCUGAGAUUUUGAUGCAGCUUACAUUAGCAAACCUAAAUGGCUCCUUAGCUGUUGUGCAUGGCCCAGCUCCUUAUACGGACAUCUGGAUUCUGAUGGACUUUCAGAAGGGUCUUUGGGUCAAACAAUAUAGCAUUCACAUUGAACGACAAGAGGAUCUUUAUGCUGUGCAUCCGUUGUUGGUAUUAGACGACGGGAGGAUAGUCAUACACAGAGAAGGCAAGGGAUUAUUACAGAUUCAUGACCCAAGAACCAAUACUUCCACAAAUUUGGUGGAGAAGAGGCACUGCGAUGCAAUUAGCAUUUAUGCAGGAAACUUAAUGAGCUUAGAGUGGUGAGGACCUAAUUAGCAUUCAUGUUGCCGUUUUGCUCCUGUGGUAUAUCCACGAGGACAUGAGGAUGAGAUAGUUCAUCCUUGUAGUUUUCUUGUUUAGUCAGUAAUAGAGCUGUUUUGCUAAAAUUGCUGUUUUUCUUGAAAGCUCAGAGCAGGGAACUCACAACUUUUCCUGAUUUUCAGCAAAUGCCAUUUUUGUCUGUUUGGCA